UCUAAAUGGAUAGCAUUAAAAUGCUUCCGUUGUUCGCACAUAUUUAGUUGAUUUAAAUGCAUUUUUAGAAUAUCCAUAUAGAAAUAAAACGUUUUGUCUAACAAUUCAAACGUCCGCGACUGUGAGGUUGUUGAUGGUUGCUAUGGGGAUACCGGGGAGCUCUUCCGGUUCAUGCAGUCGUGUUUACGAAUAAGCAGAGCUGCAUUACAUAAUCUCUCAUCGAUGGUAUAAUCCUUCCCUUCAGCCUCGUUUAACAGCUUUACUGCGGUACUGUAUGCAUGAUUAAUGGGUCCGAACAGGAUCUACAUCAGUGUGGGAUAUGCCACGUUCGGCGUGUUGGUGGGAUUUUCGGCGUUUAUCGUGUGGAAUGUGGUUUAUAAACAGCCAUGGACGGCGGCGAUGGGCGGAUUAUCAGGAGUUCUGGCACUCUGGGCACUGGUCACCCACAUUAUGUACAUUCAGGACUACUGGCGCACAUGGCUCAAGGGACUCAAGUUCUUCAUGUUUGUUAGUUCCGUCUUCUCCCUCCUGGCUGUUGCAGCUUUUGCCACAUUCAUAGCUUUAGCUGUUCUAGAAAAGGAAUCAAUAACUGACCCCAAAAGCUUCUAUCUGUCAUCCGUGUGGAGCUUCAUGACUCUUAAAUGGGCCUUCCUGCUGGGCAUGUACUCCUACCGUUACCAUCAGGAGUUUGCUGACAUCAGCAUCCUCAGUGACUUUUGAUUGGCUCCUUCAUCUGUAAUAGAUUUGUAGUUGCCAGUCGGUGGCUUCACCUGCCAAUAUGAAGAUGGAAGGAUGGAUGGAUCUCCUUUUAUAAUACCAUCUUACGGCCUCCUUGCUUUUACAGAAAAGACUCAAAUCUCAGCCCCUUCUUCCCUCUGAUCCAUGCCCUGGAGUAAGAAGUCAGUGAAUGUCUGCGAUCUGCCUCUUUCCUGUCAUUUUGAGUUAAUAGAGGGUUUUAUAUUGACAUUGGAUAAAGGUAUGACAAGUGUUUGCACUUCCAGGCAGUUGAUACACUAGGAUUUGGUCACAGGUAGUUAUUACUUUACCCAGGGCAGUGUCGGUCCAAAAUGUCAUAUUUGAAAUGAAGGCUUUCCUUUACUGUCAGAAAAAAAGCACAACAAUUGUACAUUUAGGGGUGCAACAGCUUGUCACAGGCCUUGUCCUAGUGACAAUAUGCAUUCCUAGGCAACCACUAUAAACCUUUUUGGGUGAAUUUGGCCCAAUUGCUGAGGUACAAUUUUUGCCAAUGUUUUUUUCUCGGAGUAGUAAAUUAGUUUAUGAUGAAGGAUUGUCACAGCUGUAUCAAGGGUUUUCAGUCAGCGAUGGUGGAAUUGACUUUGAUUUAAUGUUACUGUUGUUUUCAGACAUAGACAGUGUUCUUUAUUGUUUGCCAUGUUAUUUCUCUUUAAAUGUUGUUUAUACUGAGUUCUAUUUAUGACGGACUGUGAUCGGAACUGCAUACUACCAUAAUAGUAUUUCUGCAGUAUGUACACUAGCUUUUUUUUGUUGUUGUUUUGAUGUUUAUGAAAGAAGUAUAUUAUGCUCACCAAGGCUGCAUUUAUUUGAUCAAAAAUGGAUUAAAACAGUUAUAUUGUGAAAUAUUAUUACAGUUUAAAUUAUCCAUUUUCUGUGUAGUGCAUACUGUUCUCCCAAACAGUGCACAGGACACUAUAUAUAUCUCACAAUGAAGGGCAUAUGACUUCAAUGUGAUGAGUAGUGAGAAAUGUUAGCCUUUUAACAUGUUGACUCAUUAUUUGUUUAGACUAGUAAAAAUCAAGACAUCCAAAGUAACUAAAUACAUUAUAACUCAUUGAAAUGUGACAAUGUAGCAUUCUAAGCUUAUUGGUGCAUAAUGCAUUCUGUUUUGCACACUACCUUUAUAUGCAUAGUUGUAAAUAUGUGGCAGUAGUAUUCAGUUCCGAACGUUACUGUUGAUGCAUUAUUAUUAUGCAGUUCCACUGUUUGCCGUAAGCGGCGGUGAUGGAGCAAUUGAAUGAAUGGCUAACUGGUGUUCAUUCUUCUGCAGAUAUGUUUUUAGUGACAUUAUUACUUAAUUGUGUUAAGUUAUAACCAUGAGCUGGAUUCACCACAUUUUUGAAAAUGUAAUAUGUUAUGCCAUCUGAAAUGCUACUUUGGGAUUUUUUUUAUCAGAUAAAACAAAUAUGUGUUUA